GCUUCAGCGACCCGUCCCCGCAGCUUCCGCUUCCGGGAGGCGGGCUGGCGGGCGGGGAGUGCGUGCGCGCGUGCAGAGCCAUGGCAACGCAGCCAGAGGGCGAAUUUGAGAGCCGGAUGCAACAGGCCAUUCGCUACAAGGCGGAGGGCAACCAGCACUACAAAGAGAAGAGGGUACGUGAGGCCAUCAGUCGCUACCACUGGGCCCUCAUGCACUUGCGGGGCCUGGAUCCCAGCGAGCCCGCCCCCCUGCAGGCCUUUGGAGGCGAGAAGGAGAAGCUGAGCUCCGAGCAGGUGGAGCUGCUCCACAGCGUGGAAUGCGACUGUUACAACAACUUGGCUGGUAAGUGGAGAUCACCUUUAACGGCCGUGCUAGCCCGAUCACGGUGGGCUGAACGGCCAGCCCACAAGGUCAAAGAGUGUCGGAAGGAACCCUGGUUCAAACCGGAGUCAGACACAAAAAGCUGGAGUGACUCACCAGGACAUACAACAGACAAUAGACAAUAGGUGCAGGAGUAGAGGCCAUUCAGCCCUUCGAGCCAGCACCGCCAUUCAAUGCGAUCACGGCUGAUCAUCCCCAAUCAGUACCCCGUUCCUGCCUUCUCCCCCAUAUAUGUCCUGACUCCGC